AAAGGCAUGCACCACUAUACCCAGCUCUUAGAUUCCUUUUUAACAGCAUAAAGUAGAAAAUAGUUACUUUGUUUAUUCUUAUCUGUCAUUUGUUUAUCUGAUGCAGGAAGCUGUUAUCCCUCAGAAGUAAAGGAAUAAACUGACAACUACAAACUAUCAUUCCUCACUUACAGAAACCUAAUUUGCCACCAUCCAUAAAUCUUGUAGGGUCUUGGGAACUAGAAUUAUUAUUUCCCUUGUAUGUAAAAUUUAUUCGCUUGAAAAAGACUGGAUAAGGAGCCAUUUGUAUAAAGACUAUUUGAACUAUCAAAAAGUAGAGGUCAAGAAUGUAGAAAAUAAAGGCAAGAGAGCAAACAGACAAAAUUAAAAAUGUAAGAUUUAAGCAGUUUAACACAAUAUUGGUUCCUGAAUUUCAUAAGAAAUAGUGUACUGCCUUACAAAACAAAUUCUAUAAUGCAUAACUAAUUAAGAUCUUAUGUCUCCUUAGAAUUUUUGAAGUUUUGAUGAAAAGAAAACCAUUUAUUUUCUUAAAGUCAAUUACAUAUUUAUGUGGUAAGACUGGAGGAAUUUAUCAUUAACAUGGACGACACAAUUAAAUGCAGAGGUAAAAAUAAUAAUGUUUAAAGCUUGGACUAGUUUAUACUUUUCUUGCAUUACAAAGUCCCCAGCCCCCAACAUCUGGCUUUCCACUGACUUAGUCUGUGAGAUUUUGUGUGUCCAUGUACAAGGGCAGUCCAAUAGAAGUCAUUCAAACCUCACAUUAUUAUGUGUUCUCAGAAUUACCAAGAGAACCAGUUAUGAUACACAGCUGUUGCAACGUAAUUCCUUUACAGGGAGCUAGGAAGCUGGGAACUGGCUCUAUAAUCUUGUUCUCUGAGAAGAGUAUGCUUUUCUAAGAAAAUGAUUUGCUCUUUAGAAAGUUAUUAUUUUGGUACAUAGAGAACUGAUUCAUGGUCAGAAAUUUUAUUUUUGCCAUAAACCUGUUGUGUGGAGAGUGUGCUUUGGUGUAGGUAAGAAAUUUUCAAAUUAUUUUUUAGUUUUUAUUGAAACCAGACCAAAUGUUAUCUGGGUCAAAUAAAAUAUCCUCAUCCAUCAUAGGACAAUUUAAAACUGGUAGAGUGGGGUACAGCUCUGUCUCUAGUUGCCCCACUGAAAAUGUAUCCGGCAUUUUCUAUUAAGUUACAACAGCACAAUUUGUGAAACCUCCAGUGAAAUAUAAAGAUCACUAGAUUAAGAAUCCAAAGACCUAGAGUUCCAAGCUGCUAUCAGCAAGCUAUAUUAAUGAACCCCUGUAGGUCUAAAUUUCAUCUGUGAAAUAAGGACACUGAACUAGUCUUUCAGCUCAAAGAAUUCUAAAGGAACCAUCAACUGAAUGUAGAUCAGAGAAAUUCUGUACUCUAUUUCUACUGCACAAUGUUUACUGAAGAGUGAAAUAUGCAUGCCUUCCUCUAAGUAUUAGGAGAGUAAAAAAACUUUAAAAAAUUUAAAGAAAUCUAGUGGUGUGUGUCGGGGGGCUAGUUCAGUAGUCAAGUGCUUUCUUAGGAUGUGAAAGGUUCUGACUUUGAUCCCCAAAGUGAGAAAAAAAGUUUAAAGGAUUUUGGAGAAAACUGCAAUAUAAAUAUAACAUAAAAUUAUCCUGUUUUAAGCAAUUUAAAUAUUUCUUUCUCACUCCAUUUCAAAUAGUCAGUGGUUCAUUCUGUAAUCAUUCAGUGUCUGUGAACAGGAAGAGAGCUCAGUAUGGAGGAUAGAAAAACUGACAAGAGUGUCUACCCCUCCUCUCAAUUACAAAAGGCAAUGCAUUCUUAAGGAUGAUUCUCAACAAAAUCUUAUUGAUUAUAUGGAAUCCUACAUUCUUAGGGACAGAGAUUGCACUGCAAAGGGGCAUUUUAAUACCUAGUGAAAUAUGAAACAGCAUCCUGAUAGAACUGUGUAUCUAAAUUAUCUCCUUUAAGCAGAAGGGCUUUGUUGCCACUGCACUUUGCCCACUUAACGGUGUUUAGUUUCAUACGGUGUGAAAGCCUUUGCUUCCCCAAUGACCAGAGUGUCUCCAUUGUCCAGAGGGCUGUCAUAUUGCCCGAAUGUUUACUGUUUUCUUGAGAUGGCUUGAGGUCAAGAGCUGCAAGGAGUCAAAGAAGCCUGGAGCACUGCGAAGGUACGCACGAACUGUCCAUCCCUACUAGUCUCGGACCCAAACCUCUUGGCUGUGCUAAGAUCAAGUUUCUUCAGGCUACUUCCUUUUGUUACUCAGACUGGUGGACCUCUGAGCUCCAACUCCAGUUGCACACCCACUUCACCCCCAAAGACCGGGCUGACAUCCACUUCCCACUCCACGCAUGUCUACCCUCAAUGGACGCACCCAACUGUUGACCAGCGUCCAAAGGCCAUCACCACCAUCCACCCCAGCACCAUCUUCCAGGAACUGGCUCUCCCCCACUAGUCCCCGCCCCUCUUUCCGAGAGCACCCAAUGGGUGGAGCCGGGCCCGAGGUGGGCGGUGACUGAGGCGGGCCCAUCUCAAGAAAGGCAGAGGGCGAAAGGAGGCCAAGAGAGGAGAAGAAAGAGAAGCCGGGAGGAGGGGGCGCGGCGCCGUCCAAUGACAAAGCCCCGGGGUGGGCGCCGGCCGCCAUCUUGAGCCGGGCGGCUGGAGCUCCAGCGCGUCCUCCGCCCGGAGGGGGAGGGGCGGCCAAGCGAGAAAAGUCGCGAGCGGAGCGGAGCGGGAGGCGCCAGCGGCGGCCGAGGGACGACGGGAGGGCGGCGGGCGCGGGCGAGCGCGCUCGGCCCUGAACGGCUUCCGAUGCGGCGCGGCGUGAAGAGGCGGCGGCGCCGGCCCCGGGCCGCCUGGGGCGGCGGCUGUCCGACGGAAGGAGGGGCCGGGCUGGAGGCGCGAGAGGAGAAGGUGGUGUACUCGCGAUCUCAACUGUCGCUAGCCGACAGCACCAAGGCGCUGAGCGACGCCUUCAAGCUGUUCAUGCCCAGCAGUACGGAGUUCAUGAGCUCGGACGCGGAGCUCUGGAACUUCCUCUGCAGCCUGAAGCACCAGUUCUCCCCGCACAUCCUGCGCAGCAAGGACGUCUAUGGCUACUCCUCGUGCCGCGCGCUGGUGCCCGACCCCCCGGCGCCAGCCGGCCGCCCCCUGCGCCGGCCCGGCUCGCGGGCAGCGUCCAGGAGGCGGCGCCGCCGAGCCCAGCCCGCUCCGGGCCGCAGGAGGCCAGCCACUCCGGUCCCCGAGGAGCCUCGGCCGGCCGCGCCCUGCUUUGGGGGCCGCACCCUGGAGGAGAUCUGGAGGGCGGCCACCCCGACGCUGACCAGCUUCCCGACCAUCCGCGUUGGCGACGACGUGUGGGGCGAGCGCAGCCUGGCGGCGGCCCGGCGCAAGGCGCGCCAAGUGCUGCGAGUGGACCUGGACCCCGUGGUGAGGCUCCGCCGCUUCCCGGUGCCGCGGGCGUGACGCGCCGGCGCACGGCGCCUCCUGUCGGCCGCGACACCCUCCCACCCCACCCCCACCCCUGGGCGAGCUUCGGCGGCGGGAUGAACAAGUGUCAGUCGAGUGUUUACAGAACCAGCCCCCUGGUGCACUUUACGGGCGGACA